AUGGCUCCCGCGGCGUGGACGGGCCUCCCUCUGUGCCUGUGCCUCCUGCUGGCACCCGGCUGCGCCCAGGCGGGCAAGCUGCUGGUCAUCCCCAUGGACGGGAGCCACUGGUUCACCAUGCGCUCUGUCGUGGAGCAGCUCGCCCACAGAGGGCAUGAGGUGGUCGUGGUCAAGCCAGAGGUGAGUUGGCAACUGAGACAGUCAUCCAAUUACACCAUGAAGAGUUAUUCCUCUUCUUACACCCUAGAGGAUUUGAAUCACCAGUUCUGGGUUUUCUCUGAGGCUCAGUGGAAAACUCGGGUGCAAGAUGUACAUUCUUUGCUAUUGAGCCCAUCCAACGGUAUUUUUGAUUUUUUUUUCUCACACUGUAGAAGUUUGUUCAACGACAAAAAAUUAGUAAAAUACAUAGAAGAUGGUGCUUUCGAUGCAGUGUUUCUAGAUCCUUUUGACCUGUGUGGCUUGAUCGUGGCCAAAUAUUUUUCACUGCCCUCCGUGGUCUUCACCAGGGGCGUGUUUUGCCACUAUCUUGAAGAAGGGACCCGGUGCCCCAGCCCUGCUUCCUACGUUCCCAGGGGCUUCUCCGCGCUAUCGGACACCAUGACCUUCAGGGAGAGAGUGCGGAACCACGUUAUCCAACUGGAGGAACAUUUAAUUUGUCACUAUUUUUUCAAAACUGGUUUGGAAGUCGCCUCUGAGAUUCUCCAGACCACUGUGACAGCCAGUGACCUUUUCAGCCAACCAUCCAUUUGGUUGAUACGGAGUGACUUUGUUUUCGACUAUCCCAGACCUGUGAUGCCCAACAUGAUCUUCAUUGGCGGCAUCAACUGCCACCCGGGAAAGCCACUGUCACAGGUGAGUUGCCCAUCCUUUCCCCUGCUCAGGAUAACCUGGCUUGGUCGUGAAAGGAAAGCAGAGAUUCCGCACUGA